AUGAAAAACAAAAGUCGCACUAGGCAUACUUAUGAAGACGAUGAGGCCUUCAUCCUGGAGCAGGAGGCACUGCAGCGUGACAUUAGGCAGACCUUGGUGAUGGAACGCCCACCUCCUGUGGUGCUGGGCUCUGGGAGAACAAGCCUCCCUGAUAAGUUUGCUGCCACUGCACAUGCCUUGUUCUUGGAAACAGGGUCUUCAGGAAAUUUAGCAGCUCUGGCCUCCGAGGUUGUGUCCUGUACUUCUGAUUUAGGCACAGAAUUCAACAUUGUGCGUGUCAGAGGGGCUCGGGUACGUGACUUGUUACCAUGGCUACCUGAAGAGUCUCAGCGCCAUGAAGAUGAUUGGCCAGAACCGGAACAGUUUGUUCACUUCGAGAAUGCUCUUGCUAUGCCAGGUAUCCUUCACAUUUUGCACAAUGCGGCAAGGCGCAUGUUGGAUGGUUUGCCUGAGUUGAAUGGCGCUGUCAGUUCUUUAGCUACUGUUGCGGAUUUGCUGCGCAAGACACACACUCGGGAGCGACUUUGUCAGCGUUGCUUUGAUACUUCAAUUGUGGGCAGGCAGUUGCGACCCAUGAUAGAAGCUUUUCAAGGCAAGGUUCAUGCUGCAAGGUGGGGAACCAUAGCUUUCGCCACACAGCAAAUGUUGCAAAUUGAGCGCCCUCUGCGCUGGGGUUGGAAUUUGCCUCUGUUCCUCGGAGCUUCUGGGAAUGAUGCCAGCGAACAAAGUGUGAAGGCCAGGGCUGUUGACGAAGCUGUGCAGUCCGACCUUUGGUGGGCUUCUUUAAAAGUGCUUGACCAGUUGCACAAAGCCAUCCGGCACAUGUUCGCAUGGAGCGAAGCGUGUCCAUGCCAUGGAUGUCCUAGCCGAGAUGCGGGUGUUGACAAUGCCUGGGAGCGGGUUUGCGCAGCAUGCCCCAUGAGAGGCAGGAGGGCCCCUGAGAUUGCUUGUGGAGAUUUUGUGCACGAGUUGCGGGCACAACUUGACACAUCAGCCGCAGAAGUCUUGUUGAACAUGCCUGCGAAUUUGGGCCGUGAGAAGCAAGCACUCUUGCUAGGUGAAUUUGAAAAGGGCAGGGCUUCCUUAAUUUUCAAUAUAGCUUUGAAAGUUAGUGCAGUAAGUGUUCCGCCCCUUCUUUUGUUUGGAGUGGCCCACCUGGAUGAACAGAAGGCUCGUGAAGCUCUUCGGUCAUGCCUUGCUUCAGACAAUGUUGAAGGCCUGAUGACAGAGCUCAAAUCACAACAUGUCAUUGCAGAGGCCCAAGACUUUCUUCAGGGUGAGAGCCUGUCUGAGCUUCCUUCCAUGAGCAAGUUAGUUGCCAAGUUGCGUUUUGCAUUUUCUGUGGAGCGUGCAAUUGAAGGCGAACAUGCCCAGAUUCACCAUCUGAUUCGCAAAGCUCCCCGCCACACAGUUGCCUAUGUCAGCUUGAAUAGGAGGCUGCCCCAACUUAGGACCAAUCUUGGGGAUCCUAGUUUUUUUGAAGCGUUAAGCAGAACAUUGGAGACCAUGCGAAAUCCGAAGCUGGUUGUUCAAGAGCUUGGCCUAGCACAGCAUCCAGCUUGUGCUGAUGUCACCCACCCUUGGGACCCGAUCUUCGGCAAAAUUGUGUAUCGCUCUGAUCCUGCCACUACACAGGGCCUGAGUCCGCCGGUUGUUGUGAGGCAAUUGCCAGGUGGAGGCCGUCAAGCCAGGCAGGCCCUUCCUUCAGCGCUCUCAGCUGGUGACGGUGAAAGUGAAAGUGCAGGAACAGCUGGAAGUUAUUCUGCCCAGUUGUUACACAUAGCAGCAGUGGAACAUUUCAAAAUCAGACUUGAAGAGUUGUGCUCUGAGAAGGAUGCAGUUUUCAGCGUGCACGUUUCUGAAGCCACGUUGUCUGCGCUGUUGGAUUUGCCAGCUGUGCCUAUGGCAGACGCCACUGCUGGGCCCCAGGCUCCUUUAACAGAUCGCAACACCGGCGAUGGGAGCGGCGGCGGUGAUGGUGCUGCUCUGAUCGCUGCCUCAGAUGACUCAGGUGUUGGGGUCCGGGGUGUUGGUGGUUUUAAUUCUGGUGCUGGGGUACUGGAUAGGCUUCGGGCGAGUGGCAGGCGGUUAGAGGAUGUCUUCAAGGAUGCCUUGGUGCAGUUGCAGAGACCCGGCAGCCCCAAUCUUCCAAAAGUCUUUGCUUUUAAGAUUGUCAGCCUGAACCCAGCUCAAAGUAAACUUCCCUUGACAGAUGCUUUUCAGGCCACAGAUGUUGCUAUCUCCGUUCUCCGGACUGUCCGCAUCGAUGUUACUGAUCGCUCAUGGGUGGUUGAGUCUUCUCCCUUGAGAGUGCAAGCCUCCGUCUGCAGCAGCACAUCAGAGUCCGGUGAUGCCGAAAGUGUUUCUCUGCCCAGCAUUCCCAUUUUGUUUUCGCCAAGCAGUCUUUCGUUUGAAAAUUUGAUGAAAAUUCAUGUUUGGGAGAUCUUGCCCGAAACUGGCCUGGAGCUUCUAAGCACAGGUAGCCGCCUGGCAGGUGUCGAAAUACCUAGACAACCUAAGGACAUGUCAGAGCUGCUUGUGAAACUUCAGGGAUCAGGCGCUGAGGGCUUCAGUCUGGAGGAAGGUGCUUCUGCUGCACAGCGGGAGUGCUUUGAAUUCUUGUGUGAGGUUGGUCUUGCAACUGCUGUGCAGGGCAGUCAUGGCAAGUAUGCGUUGUCAGAAGAUGCUAAAGACCAUUUGGUUGUGACCAGAACGUUGGUUAGCCCAUGUCACUUAUUCCAAGUCCGAGACAUUCCCUAUGCCGACAUGGAUCUCUAUGAGCUGGUUCGGAGUUUGGAAGACAAGGGCUUCAAGUGCUGCGUCUGUAGCAGUUCUGACAGGAAAGCCAUCCGGCAACAAUCUUACACAUCUGGUGUAGAUGAUAAAGUCUGGUGGGUCGAAGCCGGCAAGCCUCCAUCCAAGCUUUAUUUGGUUAGUUUACUUCAUGCCGAAUCACAUAUGCAGGCUGUUCCUGCCCUUGCUGAUUCAGCCACCGCGCAGAAGAUCUUGGAAGGUCAUGGGUUUGUAGAGAAAAAGCCUGUGCCCAAGCCAUCGGUACGAAAACGCCAAGCGAUACAGUGUGAUAUCAAUGAAGAUGAUUGGGAGGUGCCACAGCCUCCACCGAAGAAGGCACGACGUAAGCCCAAGGCCAAAGCUAAAGCUGCUGCCGUUAGAGCUGUAGCUGAUGCUGAUGCUGAUGAUCAUGUCAUGCCAGCACUGGAGGACACAGAUGCGGUUCUUGCUAGUGGGAUUGGCUCGCCUGUUCGAAGUCCCAGCAAUGAAGGGGGUGUUGACGGCGAUGAGGUUCUUCUGGUGGUGGGCCUACAGGCCGUCCACGUGAAAGGUCGAAGAAGCCGGAGUUCAUUCAUAAGAAAGAUAUGUCUAGAAGUGUUGUGUCCAAAUCUUGCCGCCUGA